UUUAGUCUUAACCACGUCAGCCCGUCUAUACAAUCGAGAGAAUGUUCAGCUUAAUUUUUAAAAUGUUUCUGCCUCUUUUUCUUAAUGUGGCCAUGUCCUUUGGGGCAUACUACUUUACGGUACGAAUCAUCCCGCGUCUGAAAGACAUGUUUUUAAAGGCUAACUUGUUCGGCAUUGACCUCAACAAGCAAACGAAGGAUAAAGUGCCAGAAGCCCUAGGUGUUGUCACAGGCUCCAUUUUCCUUGUGACUAUGUUUUUGUUCAUACCAUUACCUUUCAGCCAUUCUCUUUUCACAAACAAUGACUUUCCACAUGAUGAGCUGGUGAAACUUAUGGCAGCCCUCCUGUCCAUUUGCUGUAUGCUACUACUUGGAUUUGCUGAUGAUGUGCUUGAUUUAAGAUGGCGACAUAAACUACUCUUGCCUACUAUUGCUUCCCUGCCCCUCUUGAUGGUUUAUUACGUCACUUUUAAUGCUACCACCAUAAUUGUACCAAAACCAAUGAGAUCAUGGCUUGGGUUUUCCCUUAAUCUUGGUCCGCUGUAUUAUAUCUACAUGGGAAUGCUCGCUGUUUUUUGCACAAAUGCAAUCAACAUCCUUGCAGGCGUAAAUGGGUUAGAAGUUGGCCAGUCAGUAGUCAUAGCAUCAUCAAUAGCCUUAUUCAAUGUUAUUGAAUUGAGUGGGGCUUUAUGGCAAGCCCAUGUAUUCUCUCUUUACUUCUUGUUUCCAUACAUUGCAACAUCUCUUGGGUUAUUGAAGUAUAAUUGGUAUCCCUCACGUGUAUUUGUUGGAGACACGUUUUGCUACUUUUCUGGUAUGACCUUUGCUGUUGUGGGCAUACUUGGACAUUUUAGCAAAACAAUGUUGCUCUUCUUCAUACCUCAAGUUUUUAACUUUCUCUAUUCCGUUCCCCAACUUUUCCACUUGGUACCGUGUCCUCGUCACCGAAUGCCAAGACUAAAUCUAGCCACCAACAAAUUGGAACCAAGUGUAACUCUAUUUAAACAAUCUGACCUCAAAAGGCCAAUGCUUUUGGCACUUCGGUCUCUGGGUAAGCUGGGCUUGGUUCGUUGGAGAGACACUGUUACCCCUCAUCCAGACAGCUGUGGAAGAGGUGACCCUGAUGAUAGAAUGGUUGAGUGCAACAAUCUCACUCUUAUUAACUUACUUCUCAUUCUUCUGGGCCCAAUGAAUGAAGCCAAGUUGACAACUGUGUUAAUCACCAUUCAGGUGAUGUGCAGUGUACUUGCCUUUGCCAUCAGAUAUCCAUUGGCUUCACUUUUCUAUGAUGUGCCUGGGCCUCAAUUGAUGUGAUUGACUUUGUGAGGAUGGAGCUUAAUCUGUGAUCCUGGGCAAGAUUCUUUAGUGAAGACUUGGUGUAAGAUCGAGUCUCCAGACUGCCCUCCAUCAGCAGACGAGCACUUGUCAACAG